CCUCAGCACCGAAACCAGCUCGAAUCCAGAAUUUCAGGUGUACGCAGUCAGUAAGUAAACUCCGGCGUUCACUACUGCCGCUCAUGUUAGUAAUACACACAUAGGACUACUACGGGGACAUAUCAGUUCACUGGAUAGCAUUUUGGAAUAAGGAAAUGGAAAGAGAACAAUAGUCAAUGGUCAUUACAAAAGGCGAACAUGAUGUUAUAGUAUGUAGUGGAUAUACAGAGUCGCGUGACGCUUCCGCUUGUGUCAGUCCAGCAGUUUGACGGAGAAUACAAUGGGAAUUUCUCAUUAUUAGUAAUCUCACUGGAAACGGACAGAAUUGCAGGAAUAACACUCGCGAUUACUGCUCAAAUGAGUGGAUCCUGCAUAAAACAAAGGCUGAUGUCCUCCACUAGAGUGUCUGUGACAUGGAUGACCCUUUAAAAGUUGACUGAUUGCAGUUGACACCUCAUGUGUUCUUCAUAACUAUGCUGAGAGUCACUAGAGGCCUCAUGGCCAAAGUAUCCGGCAACGACCCGCUGAAAUCCCCCUCCCCGUUCGGGGAAUGAUCAAACCCCAAAGCAUCAAGAGACCACUUUCACACGGCAGGAAGGCAGAUACCCCAAAUCCAAUGGCAUGGGUGAAGUUCUUCAGGAGACCGGGAGGCAAUCUUUCCAGGUCUUACCAGCCAGGAUCUAUGCUGUCACUGGCCCCCACCAAGGGACUACUAAAUGAGCCGGGACAGAACAGCUGCUUCCUCAACAGUGCAGUGCAGGUUUUAUGGCAGCUGGAUAUCUUCAGACGGAGUCUUCGGCAGCUCCCAAACCACUACUGCCUGGGCGACUCCUGCAUCUUCUGUGCUUUGAAGGGAAUAUUCUGUCAGUUCCAGCACAGUCGAGAGCGAGCGCUACCCUCAGAUAACCUUCGCAAUGCCCUAGCCGAAACCUUUAAGGAUGAACAGCGCUUCCAGUUAGGCUUCAUGGACGAUGCUGCUGAGUGUUUCGAGAAUAUUCUAGAAAGGAUUCACCUUCACAUUGCACCUGAUUGUGAAACAGAUGCCUGUACGUCCAAGUCCUGCAUCACGCAUCAGAAGUUCGCUAUGACACUAUAUGAACAGUCAGUUUGUAGGAGCUGUGGCGCGUCGUCCGACCCGCUACCUUUCACUGAGCUUGUGCACUAUGUGUCCACCACAGCCCUCUGCCAACAAUUCUUUGAGAGGAGGGAUGAAAGAAUGCAUCCAGACACGUUUGGGGAGUUGCUUCAAGCCGCCAGCACAGUUGGAGAUCUGCGUAACUGCCCAAGUAACUGUGGUCAGAGAAUCAAGAUCCGGCGUGUGCUGAUGAACUCUCCAGAAAUCGUGACCAUCGGGUUUGUGUGGGACUCUGAGCAGUCAGAUCUAACUGAAGAUGUCAUCCGAUCUCUCGGACCCCACCUCAACCUCUCAGGGCUCUUUUACCGUGUCACAGAUGAGCGUGCAAAGAAGAGUGAGCUGCUAUUGGUGGGAAUGAUCUGUUACUCCAGCAGACAUUACUGUGCCUUUGCCUUCCACACCAAAUCCUCCAAAUGGGUUUUCUUUGAUGAUGCCACUGUCAAAGAGGUGGGAUCCAGAUGGAAAGACGUGGUCACCAAAUGCAUCAAAGGUCACUUCCAACCCUUGCUUUUGUUUUACUCGAACCCUGAUGGCAGUGCAGUGACCACAGAUGAAGCUGUGCGGCCUAACCAUACCACCACCCAAAACAAGACCUCGGUCAAUGGAGAAACACCAGGUACUCCAAUCUUGGGUGGUAAGAAGUUGGAGUUGACUCGAGAGAACCCGACUGCAUUCUUUUCUAAUCAUGGUACUCUGAAGCAGAAGUCUCAGCCACCGCUUUUGUUCAGUCGUGGCAGUAACCAGACCAGUGUUGGCAGAGGGCCAGUGAAGAUGAACUUCGAUCCAAAGAGUCGAAUCAGAGAGAUUUUGAGGGAUCUGCCAAAAGAGGGCCGUCCCAUCAACCUUGUGAAGAAGGAGUCGGACAGGUCACAGGGCAGACCAGAAACACCAAGGCAUCGGGACUUGGCCCCUGAGAAGCCCUAUUCCCGCUCACUUUCGCCUCCUGAGAAUGGCUUCAAGCACCUGGAGUCACGGCUCUAUAGUAGUCAGGGCAGGGGCCCGACGAAGGCGGAGCUUUGGCCUCGCCUCAAUCACGAACCACACUCCCAAUCUCCGCCUCGGGUCCCGGACUACCCCCCUAGUGGCAAUCAAUCCCGGAGGUUAGAUCACGGCAAUGGCUACGAUACAGACAGCAGUCAGGACUCUCGGACUUACGGAGCCUCUCGUAGCCGUGUCAAUCGGGCGUGGAGGCCGAUGCGAGAGGCACUUAAUGUCGACAGUGUAAUGAACAGUGAUAACAUUCAGAACUACCAAAACUCUCGCAGACAGACCUCUUAUCAGGAGAGCGAAGAGUUAGCUUGGGGUAGCAGAGAAGAAUGCAAACCCAAGAGUUUAAUGACUAUUUAUGAGGAUGAACAGAAGCAGGCUAUGGGCAGCAAGAGCUCACUGGAAUCAGAGGGUAGGGGACCUCCAGAGCAGGAGAGAUCUAAAGGAACAGUCAACUGUAUCACCAUUAGGAAUGAUAACAGACAGAUCCAACGCACUGAGUCUGGAUAUGAAAGCAGCGAUCGCCUAAGCAAUAGCUCGGCAAAUCUAGACUCUCCUGUCGUGGAGAACUUAAGCAACAAAGAAAUGCACUCUUUACUAGAAGUACACUUGUCCAGGGACCCAAACUACCAAAGGAGGUAUGACGAUUCAAAAGCUGAGAUUUCACCUUCGUCCAUCAUCUACAGCGAUCAUCAAAAGAAAACACAUGAUCAUUCCUUGAGUCCUGUCAUUCUAAGAAGACCAGCUUUUAGAUACAACCCUGGUAUGAACAAGAUGGAAAAGACAGUGGAAGAGCGAGUAGAUGUAGCAAACGGGAACCCCAUCCCUCCAUAUUUCACCAAAACAAGCAGCUCGGAGUGGAAUAGCUCCGAUGACCUCACUGGUCCCUUUUCCAAGCAGGAGGAUUCCUCAACACACGCUGAAGCACCUCCUCAGGUUCCCUCUCGGACUCUAUCAAACUCUACAGCUCCACCAUUGCCUCCGAAACCACUCGUAUUAUGUUCAGAGAACCGGCGACGCCUUGUGCACGAUCCCUCUCCUCCAAGCCCUCAACGCCUUCCACACAACGGCUCUACUCUGUCUUACACAAGCCUGCAGAAGUGGCUUGAAAACUCAGCUGAGUCAAACAUGCUCUCAUCAGACACAAGCUCCAAAUCUGGUUCGUCUGAUCAAGACAGGAAUGAUCUCUCAGCUAGCGAGGGUGAGAAGUUCUCUACUGUUUCUAAGCCUCUGGUUGAGUCUACUGGAAUCCGCACCACUUAUUUCUCUGUGGAUAACUGCAUGACGGACACAUACCGUGCCAAGUACCACAAAAAGAGACCUGCUCUGUAUAUGAUGACUGACACUAGAGGUGGGGAUCAUACGUCAUCUGGAGAAAGUGAUUACGGCGACAGAGUAUCAACAGCUCCAUCGGACUCACAGGCACCACAGCAUCUCAGAGCGAUACCGGUACCAGUUCAUGCUACGAGUAAACCCACUGCAAAAUGGAAAACUGUUACCGUGAAAGGACUGGAUGAACAUGGCUUCCUAUGACAGUAGAUUUCAUCCAAUGACAUACGCAGUGGUAGUGAUGAUUUGCCUAAUAUUAUCAGCACUUUGCCUGAGAAAUAUGGAUCAGUGUACUUUAAAUGGGCUUCUCGUGCAGAUCUGUGUUGCUACAUUUUCAUUGAUGUCAGUGUGUGGCAGUAUAAAACAUUUGCACAUGUUUAUGCCAAAAGAGAAUGAUACUGCAUAGCUUAAAAGAAAAUAUUUGAAACACUCCUUAGGCUCUGAAUAAAUGUAAUGCAACAUGACUUUAGACUAACAGAAUUAACAAAACUGAAAGAAUGGGUAUGCAGUCCCAUUUGUUCUUUAGAGGAUAUGCCUGUUUACUGCUGUUAAUUUUCUCUGGAAUGGCUUAAUGUUUUUAUUUUAUUAAUUGUUUUAGUGAGCAGAGCUGCUAAAAUGUUUGAUUGUAAUUUCAAAUGGUAAAGCCGUUAAAUUUGACAUGGUUCAUAUGUUUAGUAAGAACUGCCUUUGAAAAGAGAUGAGCUCUUUUUUUAAUAUAUCUUAUUUUAAUUUUGUCCCUGAUCACUACUUAAAAUGGGCCAUUGAAAAUAUUUGCACCCUUUUUACUAUGUUGACUAUAUUUUCGACCAAUGUGCACAGAACUUACAUGGAGGACACUGGAGGAAAGACAUGUUUGAUUGCUGAGAUUCAUUUGUAAGUUGUUUGUUAAGAGUGGAGACUAAAUUUGUUUGGGCACAAAGUAUGGAUUUUCUUUUGAUUUUUUUUAAUAUUUGGAACAAGAGCAGUUGUACAUUUGUCAAAUUGUGUUUGUUUGUAUGAUAAUGUUUUUGUAUGUUGCUAGGCAGACCACUGAAUAGUGCCUUAUUUUGUAUGUAAAGGUGGGAAAAAAGGUGUUUUUAUCUAUAAAAUUUUAACUUUUGACAUUUUUUAUAAUAGGUAGUUAAUUUUGGUUGAUUAAGACUUUUAAUAAACUGAUUUAUUUAAGCAUA